UCCUGUGUGAAUCUGUGGGCUUUCCGACAGCUGAGUAUAAAAUGAGUAAUUGUAUGGCAUUGCAUAAUUUUAAUAUCAAGCUACAAGAAAAUAAUGCUGCGAUCACUCUCAAAGCUUGCCAGCACUGCUGUUGGCCCACAAAGGACAGUAUUAAUGCAUUUUCAGAGGCAAAAAUCAUCAGCAGUGAGUAGAGAUGCUAGAACCUUGGGGAGUAUGCUCAGACAAGAUCCUUUGUUAUCAGCCUUAUCCCUUGGAUUUGCUGGCUUGUUUGGAGUGUGCAACUAUUCGAUUUAUCACACAAAGGCUACACAACCACGAGAGAUAAUCGGGUUACACAAUGUUGGAAAAUAAAAAAACUCAAAGCAAUUUUUUUUAUGAUUUAAUAUGAAUUUUUUAUAAAGACGAAUUGAUAAUAAGUAGUGAUAGAUGCAUAAUAAUUAGUUGAUAAUCGUAUAUAUACUGUGCAUUAACUCUAUAAUUAUUAUCUUAUCUUGUGAGGAAAAUCUAUCAUAAAAAUUAGUGAGAUUGAUGAUCAUUUAGUGUUCCUCAUGUCAAUUGGUUACACAUAUACCGGUAUUUAUAUCCUAUCAAACACUAUACAAAUCAAAAUAGUGUCGAGUCCGUCUACUCUCCGACUAUAAUUAUUAUAAUUAUCUAUGGUGUGACAGAAUAUACACAAAUUCACUUUCAAUAGUGUUAAAAUGUCUUCAUAGCCUAUAUUGGGAACAAUAAUAGUUGAUGGAGCGACUGCAUGAUGCCAUGGCUUAAAGAGUUGGUACUUCGGUACAUGAUUAUUUUACUCAUCUAGUCUAGUUCUCUACUGCUUAAUUAGCAUUUGGAUCCAUGAAGGACCUCAAUUACUAAUUAAUUACUGCUAAUGAUUCCACUACUAGACCUAGUAUAUAGUACCUACAGUACCCUUGGCACACCUAGAGUUUAGUUAAAGCCUGAACUUACCAAUUAAUUCCAUGUGCAGUAAGGUAAAUGUUGGUAUAAUAUAAUGAGUCACCUAAGCUUAAUGUCUGGAGAUGUAAAAUUUACGCUAUAAUACAAUUAAGGAUUAUGAAAAUCAGGUUAUCUAAAAAAUAUACUGAAACUUAGGAAGCAUUUUAUCAAAGAGACCCAUAAUACCCCUGACUCAUAAUACAGGUAUCUACCUUAUUAAGCUUAGGCCAGAAGCACACCACUUCCUAUAAGUGAAGUGGGAAAUGUGGCCUGGGAUCGAGGCUAAUCAUGUGCCUGCUCCUAAGGCUAAGGUCGAAGUACAAGAAUAAUUCGUGAUCGAUUUGCACUAGCACUAUAGCAUGCAUAACAUCUUCAACUCAAAUGGAUUUUGACGCUGUCGUCCAACAAGCUAGGCGUUUACACUCCAUUUGUGAUGGAAGACAACUUGUUCACAGCUCUACCGCAACAUAUGAUGAUAGUGAUGGCACAGAUGAGGUGUACGGUAGGAUAUGCAACACAGAGGGCUCCUCUCCCCCCAUGAUUUUGUCUGAUACUCCUGGGAGACAGACAGUAUUUGUAUUUGGACCAGAUUCGAUCAAUUCAAUCAUUCUCAGGAAGGAUACUUUUGAAUGCCUACAAAGUUUGGGGUUUGAUCAUGAAUACAUUUAUCACGAGGUGGUUGAAAAGAAAUCUAAGUACUGGCUCAUUCUGUUCACCAAGUCAGCUCUUCGGCACUUAGGUGAUAUUGUUCCAGCUACCUGGAAUGGAUUAUUACCAACUGUGAGAACAUGCUACCCUGACGCUUAUGAAGAUAUUCUUUUCCAUCUAGAUGAAAUGCAAUACAAGUGUGUGGGUGACUUUGAAAAGGAGGCUGGAUUCAAGUUUUUAGAUGCCAAAAGGAACAUAUCUGGUAGUGAUCUUUCUCUGCCGCCAUUUCACAAUUACUUACACUUUUUAUCACUCCCUCACCCAAAAAAGUCUUGGCAGGCAAGAUUGUUUCUUUACUGUGAGCUAAGACUUUUAAGUCUCUUCAAAGGAGACGGCUUCACCUACAAGGAAAAUGGAGACAGAGGAACCAAGGAGUAUUUCUGUCCAAAUUUGACAUUGUCUGCCCUAGAUCAGACACAACUAGCUGUGCUUCCCAUGAGUGUUACCAUGCCGGAAUGAUGGAACUUUUACCACAUUGUCUUAAUAAGUAUUAAUCAAACAAUCAAAACAAUCAUACAAUAAUUAAAAAGGCUCGUAUGGGAGCGUGGGCUAGCUAUAUACAGAGUACAUCAAUUCAUCCCACCAAACAAGAUGUGUGUUGUGUUGACAGUUCUAGUUGUUACUACGCACUUUGCCUGGGACAUAAGAUCGAUCAACUACUGGCUCUUGUAAGAACAUGUGUAAACACCGUUCAUUUUGUGCUAGGGGGUGACCAGCAAUCCUGUGUGUAGUGAA